AAUUCUACAAGAGAUAUAAGAUGGAAAUAAUUAUAAAUGAUGAAGAUUUUCCUGAGGAGCUUUUGGACACAGUUAGGAGGUUCAACUCCAGCCUCGGGUCUCUGGAGGACGGAUUUAAAGAUCUUCUCUCCUUGAACAGGACUGAGAUGUUUCAAAAUCUGGAUCCUAUCACGAGGGCUAAGAUUGAUAUUGUAUCCUUGUACUCGAUAAACUCUUUAGUCUGGAUGCUUCUAAAAACUCUCGGACAUAAUCCUCAGACUAGUGACGUGAAGACUGAGCUAGGACGGGUUCGAUCAGCAAUAUCCAGGUGCAAGGAGAUACAGGAUCGUGAGAAGAGAGGACGGGUUGAUCAAGGAGCAGCUAAGAGAAUGAUUACAAGCGGGCUGUGGAAUCCAGGAGAACAGAAACUAGGAUCUGAAGAUGUUGAUGCUGAGACAAUGAAGGAAAUGGCCAAAUCAGCUGAUCCUCCCCGGAAGAAGAUACGACAGUAUGAUGUAUAAAUAUCUACUUAAACUACUGUUUUACAAAUUUUUCUUAUCUUUCAGA